AUGGUGUCCGCAACCAAGAAGCCGGUGUCGGCGAUGUCAGCAAAGAACUCCACCAGACACCGAAAGGUCUCUCACAAGGUUACGAAGACUAUCGCCACGGCCAAAAGCCAGGUGAUAUCUAACAAGGCGAUGAAAAUUAGGACCAAGAGCUGGAAAGACAUGCCAUCGCCUAAGCGAAGGCGAAGGAUAAAUGCCAUGGUCGACGAGCUCAGGCUCCAAGGAAAUGUCAAGAUGCCAAAGCCGGGCAAGUCGACUUACAAGGCUGGCGGAGGUGAGAGGGUGCGGCUAGUCAAGGCGGCCUCGACCCUUCCAACUCCACCACUCACUCCUCCCGUUCUCUCCAAACCCACCGGCUCCGCGUCCCAGUCGAAAGGUGAUUUGAAACCAAAACGUCCGACGCCCGAGAAAAAGCGAUCGGUGUCGAAACGGGACGUAGAGCGCUUCUUCUUGAGGUAG